AGGGAUUAGAUGGAGGAGACCAUCAGGGAAGCUCGCGCAAGGCAGCCAUGGCUUCCGGCUGCCCUUUCCAGCUUAAUCGGAUCCAAGGUUCUCCAUAGCUUUAGCAUCUUCUUCCGGCCUUUUCGUCGCCGUUGCUUCGCUCCAGUCCGAAAAGGUUCCUUCUUUGGCCAAAGGCUGGAGCUUUUGAUUGGAUCCGGAGGCGAGGACUGAUGCGGCAGCUGUCGUCGUUGUUGAAUGGGCUCGCGAAGUCGCUGUACGCAGGGAAGAGGAAGGUUCCGGGGGUGGAGGAAGGCAGGGAGGCGGCGGAUGAGCUGAGACGGGAGGCGAAGAAGAAUGAUACGAUAUUGCGGUCAUCGGGCACGACGAGGAGCUGCGUGUCCGUGUUCUCGCAGAGGGGGGAGAAGGGGGUGAAUCAGGACUGUUCUAUUGUUUCGGAGGAAUUUGGAUGCCAAGAAGACAUGAUGUUUUGUGGAAUAUUCGACGGCCAUGGAUCAUGGGGGCACUAUGUGGCUAAAGCAGUCCGGAAGUCGCUUCCUUCAUCUCUACUAUGCAACUGGCAGGAGGCUCUUGCACUGGCUUCUUUGGUUGCCGAUAAAAAGCCUUGCCAUUUUGAUGUGUGGAAGCAAUCAUAUAUUAAAAGUUUUGCCGCGGUGGAUAAGGAGCUUGAACAUGAUCGUCGGCUGGAUUCGUUCCGUAGUGGCUCUACCGCUCUCACAAUCGUCAAGCAAGGGGAACUCAUGGUAAUAGCAAAUAUCGGUGAUUCGCGUGCUGUGUUAGCGACGACUUCUGAUGAUGGCAGCUUGGUUCCUAUUCAACUUACCAUUGAUUUUAAACCAAACUUACCUCAGGAAGCUGAGCGCAUAACUCAGUGCAAAGGUCGUGUGUUCUGUUUGCAAGAUGAACCUGGUGUGCACAGGGUGUGGCUACCAAAUGAGGAAGCACCAGGAUUGGCCAUGUCGAGAGCAUUUGGAGAUUACUGCAUCAAAGAUUUUGGCCUUAUUUCUGUGCCUGAAGUGACUCAAAGGAGCAUAACCGGCAGAGAUCAGUUUGUGGUACUUGCCACAGAUGGGGUAUGGGAUGUCAUCUCCAACCAAGAAGCUGUGAACAUUGUAUCAUCGACAAAGGACAGACGGAAGUCAGCCAAAAGGCUUGUGGAGUGUGCCGUCGGCGCAUGGAAGCGCAAGAGGAGAGGAGUCGCCGUCGACGACUGCUCCGCUGUCUGCCUAUUCUUUCAUUGAUACAUCGUUAAGUUGAUGUGUUGUGUGGUCUUAAUUCGAAGGUCGUCCAACAAUAACAUGGAUUGAUGCUAAUCUUUGUCUGAUGAAAUGCUUGAUGUAUUAUUGUUCA